CACCUAACACGCUCUGUCUCCGUACCUGCGCUGUUGCUGCUUGCGUUGUCGCCCGCCGCCGUCAUUCCGCUGCCCUCGUCGAGUCGAGUCUCCCGCACGCCCCAAACACACGCCUUCCACGCGCUAGCCCCCCCGCCAUUGCCCACACACACACAUACCCCCCCAACAGACACCGCCCUCACUACAUCAUCCACCACCCACCCUCCACCAUCGACGUCGGCAGCGCUGUCUCGUCCCUAGCCCCCUCGCAAGCUCCACGGCCGACGUAAUUGCUCGGCGAGAGUCCCUUUGCACCCAACACAUCACCGCGCUCGCUGCACCUGAUCGCACUCCGCUGGCGUUCGGCGACCCUUGUCAAGAAUCAUGGUAGAAGCAGAAGGAAACCCCACGACGUGGAAAUUCACCCAGUGCUUUGGCGACAAAGGCGAUGUUGAGGAUAUAACCGAAGCUGACAUCAUCUCCACCGUCGAGUUUGACCAGACGGGUAACUACCUUGCAACCGGUGACAAGGGUGGUCGUGUGGUCUUGUUCGAGAGGAACGAGACGAAAAAAACCUGCGAAUACAAAUUCCACACCGAGUUCCAAUCGCACGAGCCCGAGUUCGACUACCUAAAAUCUCUCGAGAUCGAGGAAAAGAUCAACAAGAUCAAAUGGUGCCGCCGACAAAACGCCUCACACUACUUGCUUUCCACAAACGACAAGACUAUCAAGUUAUGGAAGGUGUUUGAGAAGUCGCUGAAGGUAGUGGCAGAGAACAACCUGUCACACGAGUUGACGCCUGGAGGUGGGGUUGCUGGUGGCGGCGGUCCCGUCAGGAACCCAAAUGCACAGUUCCGCAGUGCCACGGACCUGAAGCUCCCCCGACUUACACAUCACGAUACAGUAGUCGCAGCAGUACCCCGGAAGACGUAUGCCAAUGCGCAUGCAUACCACAUCAACAGCAUAUCUGUGAACAGUGACGGAGAGACGUUCAUUAGUAGCGACGAUCUGCGGAUUAACCUCUGGAACCUCAACAUCCAGGACCAGAGCUUCAACAUUGUCGACAUCAAGCCAGCGAACAUGGAGGAGCUUACAGAGGUCAUCACAGCUGCCGAGUUUCAUCCUAUCAGUUGCAACUGGUUCAUGUAUGCGAGCUCCAAGGGAACGAUCAAGCUCGCCGACAUGCGUGAAAGUGCUCUCUGUGACCAGCAUGCGAAGCAGUUUGAACAAGAAGAAGACCCUUCAUCAAGGUCAUUCUUCUCCGAAAUCAUUUCGUCCAUCUCUGACGUACGGUUCUCACACGACGGACGAUACAUCCUGUCUCGCGACUACCUGACCGUCAAGAUCUGGGAUGUGAACAUGGAGAAGACACCAGUCAAGACGAUCCCUAUUCACGAACACCUGCGACCUAGGCUAUGCGACACAUAUGAAAACGACAGUAUUUUUGACAAGUUCGAGGUUGUUUUCUCUGGAGACGCAAAGAAUGUCAUGACUGGCAGCUACAACAACAACUUCAUGAUAUAUCCUUCAGAUAACGACAAGGAUACCGAGGUUGUGCUACAAGCUGACAAGUCUGCGUUCAAAGCAAAGAAGGUUGGAAUCCCAACGCCGAUGAACUCGUCGGGCAGCCCGACUGGUAGCAACACCGGUAAGAAGGGUGGAUCAAGAGCUGGUAGCCCUGCUGCUGGUGCUAUUGGGCAAGGUCAACGCAUGAGGAAGGAAACCGAUGCGGACCAGAUCGACUUCAACAAGAAGAUUCUGCACAUGAGCUGGCAUCCGUUCGAGGAUAGCAUUGCUAUAGCAGCAACAAACAAUCUUUUCGUCUUCUCGGCAUUGUAAUGGCAUCCUUCGUUCACGAGCAUCGCCAAAGAAUUUCUAUGAGCGGGAAUGUACACUUGUUGGGUGCUUGGCCAUCCUUACCCUCUGAUCUUCCUUUCGGUUGGCAGUGAUCUGCCUGGUGGCGCUAAGGACGAUAGAAUAGGAGCAUUUAUGGCGAAAGGGCGUGGGAACGCGGAUGAUGGACGACGCAAUGUGGUCAACGAAUAGGCAGCUGCUGAGUAGUGUAGAUUGCAACACCAUGAUAAUGACCCUGAGUGGUGCGGAGAAAUGACAAGAGAAAUGGUAAUGAGUGAUUAUUGUUGCUGGUGUUUGGUGAGGGUUUGUUGUAGUGAGCAGCUGCUGAGGCGGCGGUAAUAUCGUGCCAAGUAUAGGUUGCGGCAAACUCCACAAUCGAGAUCUGACUGCAUGUUAGGCAAAGUCAA